CACCUCUGGAGUGAUUGGUUCGCUUUUCGGCGGAUGAUGGAGAAACGUAAACAGGCCGGACUGCUGACCCUGCCGUACCACCUGCUCCCGGGGCCCAUGGGCGUGCCUGGGUCCCUGCCCCGCCUUCCCCUGCGGGACCCCUUCAGGGUCUCCUUGCGUCUGGACGCCGCGUGCUGGGAGCGGGGCGGCUGCGCCCCGCGGCGGCCGUACUUGCCCCUGCCGCUGGACGGCGCCUUCGAGCCCGCCUUCCUCCGCAAGCGCAACGAACGCGAGCGGCAGCGGGUGCGCUGCGUGAACGAGGGCUACGCGCGCCUCCGAGCUCACCUGCCCCGCGAGCUGGCGGACAAGCGCCUCAGCAAAGUGGAGACGCUCCGCGCCGCCAUCCGUUACAUCAAGCACCUCCAGGAGCUGCUGGAGCGCCACGCGCGGGGUCAGGAGGGCGCGGCCGGCGCCGGCCCCUCACUCAGGGCCGAAUGCAACAGCGACGGCGAGUCCAAGGCCUCGUCGGCGCCUUCGCCCAGCAGCGAGCCCGAGGAGGGGGCCUGUUAG